CCUCCUGGAUUGAAGGAGAUUUCCUCUCUCGCCUCAUGGACUGUCAGCACAGCCAAGCCAGGCAACGGUGUUGCGGCAUUACGUUCGCCUGAUACGAGUCUCUUCUGGCAAUCCGACGGUCCACAGCCGCAUCUGCUCAGCAUCCAUUUUUUCAAAUUGGUCUCGAUCGUACACAUGCGUAUUUUCCUCGACUUCCAAAAUGAUGAAUCCUACACUCCGACCAAAAUCCAAUUUCUAGCCGGCAUGGGUGUCCACGACAUUCAAGAAUUCGCAGAAAUGUCCUUCGAUCGACCGACAGGUUGGAUCGACAAUGAAGAUGACGAAGUACCGCGUGACAUCGACUGGAGCAAACGACCCGUGCUUCGCGCCUUUCUCGUCCAAGUGCGUAUCCUAGAAAACCAUCAGAACGGCAAAGACACGCAUCUUCGCGCCGUGCAGCUGUUCGCUCGGGAUCAGAGUCAGGAUAUUCGACGCGUGGACGACAAACCGGCGGAGAAGAGUCGGCCUUUUGUGCUGCCUUCACAUACGAAGCGUAAAACACAACAUACCGUGCCGAAUAAUAUCAAACUCGCAUCGUGGAUGAUGGAGCCGGAUUUGCGGUGA